AUGUCUAUGCCUAGCGGCCGGGAUGAGCAGCAGCCUGUCAUAUGCGUUUUUUGCGGCGCCCAACCCGGCAAUUCACCCGAGUACAUAGCCGCCGCUCGCGCACUCGCGCAUGAACUGCACGCCGCCAACGCAAAACUAAUCUACGGAGGAGGAACAAAAGGCCUAAUGGGCGAGGUGGCAAAGACUCUAGUAUCACUAUCUGGGCCAUCUGCAGUGCAUGGCUUCAUACCCAGGGCAUUGGUAGCAUAUUAUCCUGAUGCGGACGUCAGCCGCCAGGCCGAAGGCAAUGCCCAGGAGGAUGGAAAACAACCCGAGCGAAUGCUUGCCCCAGGGUCUUCAUCAGCCGAGGGCGAAUACGGGAGAAUCACCAUCGUGGACAGCAUGCACGAGCGAAAACGAAAAAUGGCAGAGGAGGUUCUUGCCGGUGGUCCUGGGUCAGGGUUUGUAGCCCUUCCUGGCGGUUAUGGGACCCUUGAGGAGGUCGCUGAGGUUGUUACGUGGAAUCAACUGGGGAUUCAUGAUAGAGGGAUUGUUUUGUUGAAUGUUAAUGGGUUUUGGGAUGGGCUUGUGACGUGGAUUGAAAUGGCUGCUCAGCGGGGGUUUGUUGGACAGGCGAAUAAGGGGAUUAUGGUGGAGUGUAAGGAGGUAAAGGAGGUUAUUGGGGUGCUUAAGGCGUAUAGGCCGAGUGGUGGGAGGUUGAACCUUUCUUGGGGUAGUAAGUGA